UCCCAUCGCCUUCCUUGCAAAAAUCAGAGCUUCUGUCCUUCCUCUCCUUCCUCCAUAGAAGUCCUCGCAGGGGAAUGCAUUCUCGGAAUCCUCUCCCUCCCUUCGCUUCGUCAGGUCAUUUCGAGCACUAGGACCGUAUCUGCUUUGUCAUAGUUAUGAACAGUUAAGAGACGGAAAGAAUUCGUUGCUGAAGUUCCUGAAACUUGACGGGUAUUUUUCUCCGAGGACAUGCACUUUGAGUUAUAAAAGAAAAGGGUACAACUGUAUCGGCAACUGCCAUCCCUGUGGCUCCUUCUCCAUUAACCACAAUGGCCCAUGCUAGUUGCCUGCGGCUGUCCCCUGAACGGGGAAUCUGCUUUGAACCAAGAUGCAUUUACCAAAGCAAUAGCAUUGCCCGGAACAGUCAAAUACGUUUAGUGCGGAUCAAUCUUCCAUCACAUGAUUUGCGACGCGAUGCUUGGAAUCUUCGUCUUUUGAGUACUGGACGUGGACCAAUAUGCCCCACGUCUUCUAGACGGAAUAUUUUUGUCUGCCGAUCUUUUCUGCCACCAGGUGGUGGAAAGGAGGUCCCUGUUUUAAAGGCUGCCAGCUUUGCCCUGAAAAGGUCAUAUGAUGCUUUGUCUGGAAGCCCUCUAGCACUGAAGUUGCUCCCUGCAGCUGGUGUUGUUGCAUUUGCUGCAUGGGGCCUUGCUCCUCUGAUCCGUCUUGUUAGAGUGAUCUUCCUUAAUAGGCCUGACAGUAGUUGGAAGAAGAGUAGUACACACUAUAUUAUGACCUCAUAUAUACAGCCUUUGCUCAUAUGGACUGGUGUAACACUCAUUUGCAGAGCGUUGGAUCCAGUAGUACUACCAACUGAAGCAAGUCAAGCUGUUAAGCAACGUCUUCUUAAUUUUGCACGAUCUUUAUCUACUGUGCUGGCAUUUGCAUAUUGCUUAUCAAGCCUGAUUCAACAAGCACAGAAAUUCUUUGUGGAGGCAAAUGAAGCAAGUGACACCAGAAAUAUGGGAUUCAGUUUUGCUGGAAAAGCUAUUUAUUCAGCAGUUUGGGUUGCUGCUGUCUCAUUAUUCAUGGAAUUGUUGGGUUUCUCAACACAGAAGUGGCUGACUGCUGGAGGUCUUGGUACCGUAUUGCUCACUCUUGCUGGCCGUGAGAUAUUCACGAACUUCCUAUCAAGUAUUAUGAUUCAUGCAACAAGACCAUUUGUUGUGAAUGAGUGGAUCCAGACAAAAAUAGAAGGCUAUGAAGUCUCUGGCACUGUUGAGCAUGUGGGUUGGUGGUCUCCAACUAUAAUCAGAGGCGACGAUCGUGAAGCAGUGCACAUCCCAAACCACAAGUUCACCGUAAGUGUGGUGAGAAAUCUCAGCCAGAAGACCCACUGGCGUAUCAAGAACUACCUUGCUGUCAGUCAUCUGGAUGUCAAUAAGAUUAAUAGUAUUGUAGCUGAUAUGCGCAAGGUCUUGGCCAAGAAUCCUCAGGUGGAGCAGCAACGGUUACAUAGACGAGUAUUUUUGGAGACUAUCGAUCCAGAAAAUCAGGCUCUCAUGGUUUUGGUCUCCUGCUUUGUGAAAACAUCUCACUUUGAAGAGUACCUUUGCGUCAAGGAAGCAAUACUGCUGGAUCUUCUCAGAGUUAUAAGCCACCACCGGGCCCGACUUGCCACUCCCAUUCGCACGGUUCAGAAAAUAUACAGCGAUGCUGACCUGGAGAAUGUGCCAUUUGCUGAUGGCGUCUUCUCCCGUUCUAGACCACCAGCAAAUCGUCCCUUCCUUCUGAUCGAGCCACCAGCCUACAAAGUCAACAGUGAUGAUAAAGCUAAACCUUCAACCCGUACUGGUAAUGUUCGUGCAAAUGAAGAGAGAGACGGCAAGGUUGAAGCUAACUCCACAGCUGAGUCCAAGGUGAGCGCGAGUCCCACAUCAGCCCCCGACUUGAAGAAGGAUGAAAAAGUUGCUUCACCAUCAGGUUCUGGCACCCCUGGAGUCAAGGCUACGGCAACAUCAGCUUCGGAUCAGAAGGGCCAGAAUGUGGGAUCCCCAACUUCUGUCCAAGCAAAGUCCGAGCCACAACAGCAGGCAAAGGAUAGUAAGAAGGCGGAUGAGCCUGCAGCAUUAGCAACUUCCUCAGAAUUAGGUGGGGGAAAAGCCGAAAACCAUUCUCCUCAUCCUAAGCCUGAGACAAAACAGAGGCCUCCUAUGGAAGAGAACAUUGUUCUGGGUGUUGCUCUGGAGGGCUCGAAGCGAACACUCCCGAUCGAGGAAGAAACAGUUCCUCCUGCUGCUCCUGUGGAGCCCAAGGAGUUGACUGCCCAGAGGAGUGGAAGUGGGCCGGCUCCCAGUGGUAAGGUCAAGAAAGAUGGUCAAGUUUCACCAGCAAGUUAAAAGCGCAUCUCUCUCUUCUAGUGUUUCCUUGGAUAUCCCAGGGAUUAUUCCUUGAGUUUCGAUAGCAUGCGGCUGCAUUUUUUAAAAGCUGCAAGGUGCUGUGCCCUCUCUACAAACGUUACACUGCUCCUAGUUUGUGUAAAUAAUCAUUUACUUGAUUGUAAUCGAGGGCCUGAUGUCGGUAUUUCCACUUCCUAAUAUUGAAGGAAAAAAUGUACCAAGUCAUUGAAUGCAUUCGACAUGUCACGCCGUGUAUUUCAUAA